AUGGCGGUCUGCCGCGGGAUCGCGGGCGGGGGCGGCGAGCGGCAGGAGGCAGCGGCGGCCAGGCGGGGCAGGAAACCCGGCCCAGACCAGGGCUCCGUGCCGGUGGUCCGGCCGGUGGGUCCCAGCCGGGUCGGGGGCGCAGUCCACGGCCCCUCCCCGGGAGACAAAGGGCUGGCUGCUCCCAGAGCCGCGGAGCGGCGCGGGCCCGGGCGCUGCGGGUGCGGGCCGGCCUCGGCGCUUACCUGGGCCGCCCGACCCGGCCAGGCGGGCGGGGGCUGCGGGUCCGAGAGCGGCGCGCGGCGGCCUGUUCCGGGACGCGCACAGCCCGAGCAGCCGCGACGGCACCAGCGGCAGCGGCAGCAGCAGCAGCAGCAAGAGCGGCCGCCUCAGCCUCCGCCUCCCUCUCCGUGA